AUGGCCUCAUAUAGCGAUGCUCACGAUGCUUGCGAUACCGACAAAGAAGACGUGGCAGUGGAAUUGCCUCCGACUGAUAUGGCGUACGAGAAAGUCUUCAUUAUCGUACUUUGUAAUCCAGCCAAGGUUGCAGCUAAGACGCAGUGCAAGCGCAUCUUCUUCAAGAAAUCCACUCCGAGGUAUUCAAUAUCGCACAUCCCAUUACAGAUUGGUAUGCUAAGUUGGAAAAGCGGCACAAAGAAGAUCUGGGAAAACAGAAACGCAGUGGACAUCAUCGUCAAGGACUCCUACGGCGUGAACUGGGGCGCCCACAAAGCCGUUAUCACCCCAAAUUCUCGUGCAUUGGAGCGAUAUGUGUUCACUGGAAAGACGCAACUCGAAUACACAAAAACCGGGAAAGUCAAACUCACAGUAAACAGCGUCGAAUCAUUCGCCAUAGAUGCCCUCCUCCAGUACGAAUACUUUGGCAGAUACAUACUGAAAGGCGCUGCGAGCCUCAGUCUGGCGGAAAAGGUGCCUCUAAAUGUCAAGAAGCUCAGGAUUGUCCCGAAUUCUGAUGUGCUCCGUGGUCAUUUAGCCAUCCAUCACCUGGCCGAGUUGCUCGAGAACGACUCACUUGCAGAUGAAUCUUUCGGGCACAUCCAAUGGGUUCUCGCACAGAAAACCGUCUCACUCGAUGACUUUAUUGUCUUCAUACACGAGCUGUUCCAUAGCAACGGGAAGUACAACACCGUCUGA